CAGCGACAACGGGCUGCCGCAAGCUGGCAUUGAACGCCGCAAUGAUAAUCGGAAGUGUCGCUGUGCGGCAUGGCCGCCGUGCCCUGACACCGACUGUCACGCGAUGCGCUCUCCGACAGCUCUCUACCGAUGUCAAGACCGACAACAGCGCCACUCCCGCCGCCCUGGCCUGGUCGAUGCCGCAGUCCACCGCAGACCAGCCUAAGCCGUUGAGAUCAUCGAAGAAGAAGAAGCAAAGGGCUGUGCAGGAGGUCAUUAUGAGUCUGGGCGCCGACUCGUCCCGCGAGCACCGGGAGGCGGCGUGGACGACGCCUCAUCAGAUCGGCUCCGAGCUCAUGACGCCGGCGCAGCAAUUUGCCGAGUUUCAACGCAUCCAGAAAAAUACGCGCAGUCUGGGCUCGCAAAUCGAGCGGCGAUACGCCCCGACGCAGCUCAUGAGCAACCCGCCGGCGCCCGAGGAUGUGACCCUGGAGCUGCUCAUGGCGUCGCAGACGCACAUGGGGCACAACACGUCGCUGUGGAACCCGGCCAACUCGCGGUACAUCUAUGGUGUGCGCCAGGGCAUCCACAUCAUCUCGCUGGAGACGACAGCGGCGCAUCUGCGGCGGGCGGCUCGCGUGGUCGAGGAGGUCGCGUACCGAGGCGGCGUUAUCCUCUUUGUCGGCACGCGAAAGGGUCAGAUGGAGAUCGUGACCAAGGCGGCUGCGAUGGCCGGCGCGUGCCACCUGUUUACUAAGUGGACGCCCGGCGCCAUCACGAACCGCGACGUCAUUCUCGCAUCGCACAGCACCAAGGUCGUGGACCACCUGGACGGCGAGCUCGACGGGUUCGACAUGUACAUGGCCACGGCGAGACCGCUGCUGCCGGACUUGGUGGUGUGCCUGAACCCACUCGAGAACUACACGUUGCUGUACGAGUGUGGUCUCAAGAACAUUCCCACGAUUGGCGUCAUCGACACCAACGCUGACCCGUCGUGGGUUACGUAUACCAUUCCUGCCAACGAUGACAGUCUACGAAGCAUGGCCGUCGUUGCUGGAGUCCUCGGCAGGGCUGGAGAAAAGGGCCAGAAGAGGAGGCAGGCCGAUGCUGCCCAAGGCAGUGUCUCGUGGCACACGCCACCUGAGCUGUCGCGUCACAUGAUGAGGGAGGCGAGGGCGGCGGUGCAGAAGCAAAAGGAGGUCAUGGGUCGGCUACAGUCCGGUAUCCAGGGGUUCACGGAGGAAGAGCAAAACAUACUGCGAUCGCAGUAUGGAGCGGUCGAGCUGGAAGUAAGCGAGGACGACAUGGUGCAGAUGAUGGGCAAGGCGGUGGACGCGACGCCAGCUGAACCCGAAACCGACUUGGGCCUGGACCCGAUUGAACAUGAACUGGAGGACGAAAUCGCGCAGAUGAUGGGCGAGAUCGAUGCGGUGGAGGACGCGGCGCCAGCUGAUACCGAACUCGACAUGGGCCUGGACCAGAUUGAACGUGAACUGGAAGGCGUUCGGUUGAAGACGGCCGACAUCGAGACGGCAGUAAAGGGGGACGAGGAAUAGUGGUGGAGAUUGGGGGAACCACGGAUGUACAAAUAGCAGAUAUAGUCUAGAGCGAACAACUGUACCAUUUUACAGGAUAAAUUACGG